AACAAACAACGGUCAUUGUGCCGUACCGCUCGUUUCGUUAAAACUUUUCUUGCCUUACAUAAAAAACACCCCACGCCCGAACGACAGCGUUUCAGAUCUUUCUUCCCCCUUUCGUCUGAACAAGCAAGUUUUCUUCAGAAUCUCGCAAUCGAAAACCCUAACCCUAACCAAUUGCGAUAAUCAUACCCCAAAAAUGGCAAUUGCACGCACUGGAGUCUACGUCGACGACUAUUUGGAGUACGCGAGCACAUUACCCGCUGAACUUCAGAGGCUGCUCAACACUGUUCGGGAACUCGAUGAUCGAUCCCAAUCUAUGAUAACCCAGACCAGGCAGCAGACGAAGUACUGUAUGGGGUUCUCAUCACAUGGCUCUAAGAAGGGUAAUCAUCACAGUUAUAAUAACAAUUAUGGGAAUGAGGACGACAAUGCCGCUAUUGAGAAAAUGCGAAAAGAAAUCGAGGCAAAUCAGGAUAGUGCAUUGAGUCUUUGUACUGAGAAGGUUUUGCUGGCGCGACAAGCAUAUGACCUGAUAGAUAGUCAUAUAAAACGACUUGAUGAGGAUUUAAACAACUUUGCCGAAGAUUUAAAGCAAGAGGGUAAAAUAGCACCAGAUGAACCAGCAAUUCUGCCCCCGUUGCCUAUAGUCCCUAAACCUGAAAAGCGUAAACCCAUAUAUGUAACUCCUCAAUCAAAGAGAAUUGAUUACAGGGAUAGAGAUUGGGAUAGGGAGCGUGAUAGGGACUUUGAGCUGAUGCCUCCACCAGGAAGUCAUAAAAAGGAGUAUGCUACCCCGAUGGAUGUUGAUCAACCCAUUGAUCCAAAUGAACCGACAUACUGUGUUUGUCAUCAGGUAUCUUUUGGAGAUAUGAUUGCUUGUGACAAUGAAAAUUGCCAAGGAGGUGAAUGGUUCCACUAUUCGUGCGUUGGGCUAACGCAAGAGACAAGGUUCAAGGGAAAGUGGUACUGUCCGACUUGCAUAUUACUCCCACAAUGUCAACGAUGAAUCUUUGCACGAACUAAAUUACAUUCAUAAAUGACCACUGUUUCAAUAGAAUUGUCACUUUUUAGUGAAUUAUUUGUCUUCUAUAUUGCUUGGUCAUUUGUGCUUGGCAAAGAGGCCAAGUGGGCUCUAUCAGGCCUCAUGUAUAAAGUCCUCUAAGAUUUGAGAGAAGUGAUUUCAGAUAUGAAUUUUGGAGAAAGUUAAUUACAUGUGAAAUGCAGAAGUAUAGGCGCGUGUGGUUGUAUAAGAAUGGAGAUAUUUGUUUGGAAACCUCUUUCAAGGUGAGAGAGGGAGACCAGAGAAAAAAAUUAACCUAAAUUUUUUAAUUCAAAA